CUUUUGUUUUAAUACAAGGUGAUGAUGAAUGAAGCCAUUGCUCUACAGCUUCAUGGUAUCAAUGACAAGGUGAUUUGCUGUUUGGAGAAAGCAUCAAGUGAACUUCUCUGCCAGCUCCUUCCCAAUACCCUGAGUGAUUACUACAUAGAACUCAAAGCUCAGAAGAGUCACUUGCAUAGAAACAGAAGAGGCAACACCAUGGGGCAAGAAGAACGUAAUGCCAAUGCCACCCAGAAUAUCAACUUUGCUGCCAUCUACAACCUCCACAGGAGUGACUUUGCCUCCUUUCGAAAUUUGUCCUUCCCUUUCAAUUUCAGCUACAGUGAUUAUGACCUGCCCAUGGACGAUGAGGAUGACAUGACCAAAACCCGCACCUUCUUUGCAGCCAAGAUCGUGAUUGGGGUAGCUCUCAUUGGCAUCAUGUUGGUCUGUGGCAUCGGCAACUUCAUCUUCAUCGCUGCACUAGCUCGCUACAAGAAGUUGCGUAACCUCACUAACCUCCUCAUUGCCAACCUGGCAAUCUCUGACUUCAUCGUGGCCAUCGUCUGCUGCCCCUUCGAGAUGGAUUACUACGUGGUAAGGCAGCUGUCCUGGGAACAUGGCCACGUGCUCUGUGCCUCCGUCAAUUACCUGCGCACUGUCUCCCUUUAUGUCUCUACUAAUGCUCUUCUGGCCAUAGCCGUAGACAGGUAUCUGGCUAUCGUCCACCCACUGAAACCACGUAUGAAUUACCAAACAGCAACCUUUCUCAUAGCCUUGGUUUGGAUCGUCUCCAUACUCAUUGCUAUACCAUCUGCAUAUUUUGCUACUGAAAUUGUGUUAUUCACAGUAAAAAAUCAGAAGAAAUUUUUUUGCGGCCAAAUUUGGCCAGUUGACCAACAAAUGUAUUAUAAAUCCUACUUCCUUUUCAUCUUCGGUAUUGAGUUUGUUGGACCUGUGAUUACGAUGACCCUGUGUUAUGCCAGAAUCUCCCAAGAGCUUUGGUUUAAGACUGUACCAGGCUUUCAGACCGAACAGAUCAGGAAGAGGCUUCGCUGCAGAAGAAAAACUGUCAUGGUGCUCAUGUGCAUCCUAACAGCCUAUGUCCUCUGCUGGGCUCCCUUCUAUGGAUUCACAAUUGUCCGUGACUUUUUCCCCACGAUCUUUGUGAAACAGAAGCAUUAUCUCACAGCCUUUUACAUAGUUGAGUGCAUUGCCAUGAGCAACAGUAUGAUUAACACCAUGUGUUUUGUAACUGUCAAAAACAACACCAUGAAGUAUUUCAAGAAGAUUAUGUUACUCAGGUGGAGGUCCACCUAUAAUGGGAGCAAAUCCAGUGUAGAUCUAGACAGCAAAAACAAUGCAACACCAGUCACAGAAGAGGUUGACUGCAUAAGACUAAAGUAA